GCUCUGUUCUCAAUCCUCAUCCGCGUGUGUACGGGAAGAGCUAUUUUCUGUUAAAUAUUUAUCUUUAGUACGUCGUAGACAAUACAUUUGACAUAUUGUUAUAUUCUCCCAUGUUAAAAAUAAAUUUAUUUCACGUUCAAAUUCCUCUGGUCCAUUCUAAAGCACAGAUGUCUGCAUGAAAACAACACGGUAAUAAUGGCUUCCAGAAUCAAACAAGGCAAACCAAGUCAGAGUUCUUCAUCUCAAGUUAUUAAGAAGGACAAACUAAAUCAAAUGCAGGCCCAUGCAAAGAGACCCACCAAAAUGAAAGAUCAAAGCUCUGAUGAUGAUGAUGAUGAUAUGAUGAUGAUGAAGAUGCUUUAGAAAUGGAGCAAAACUUUGCUCUACUUAGUAAAAGGAGCUCCAUGCAAACUUUAUUAGAGGACGAAGAGGGUCAUUCUGAUGAGGAAAUGAGAGAGGAAGAUGGAUCUGCAGAGGAUGACGAAGCCCCUGAACAACAUGAUGACAACAAUGCUGUGGAUGAUGAAGAGGACUCAGGGAGUGAAGAAGAUUUGUCCGAGUCAGAUAGUGACCAGGAGGAAGCUGUUAAUGGAGGCAGCAAAGACAAAUCACACACAGAAGACAUUAAAAAAGAAUUAUCAACAAUGUCAUUUGAGGAAAUAAUGAUGUUACAGAAUAAAGUUGGAACUAAAGCAUACAAUAAAAUUGCUUAUGGUGCCAAAAGACAGCAGCAGCAGAAUAAUGAGCCAAUGAAACGACUGAGCAAACACAAACCUCAGGAGAUUUCUGCAAAGAAACAUGUGCCUUUCCUCAGAAAAGUGAUUCCUGUCAAGAAAAUGAUUUCAAGGGACCCGCGAUUCGAUGAUCUCUCAGGAGAAUACAAGCCUGAAAUAUUUAACCAGACAUACAAAUUCAUUAAUAACCUCAGAGAAGAGGAAACACAGAUAGUGAGGAAAAAGCUCAAGAAAGCUAAAUCGGAGAGUAAGAAGGAAGAACUGAAAGCCCUGCUUAAGAGACUGGAGAACCAGCAAAGAUCUCGUCAGAGGCAAGAGCAUGAAAGAGAGAAAGAACUUCAGUUCAAGAGGAAACAGAGAGAGCUGGUUGGCCAGGGACACAAACCCUUCUACCUGAAAAAAUCUGAUAAGAAGAAGCUGGAACUGGCGGAUAAAUACAGCGAGCUGAAAAAGAGCGGAAAACUGGAGAACUUCUUGAGUAAGAAGAGGAAACGUAACUCCACCAAGGACCGCAAAAAGCUGCCCAAUCAGCACAAGGCACGCUGAAUACAGACCAAUCACAGCUCAUCUGCUGCACCUUGGGUGGAUUGUUAUCUUAGUGUGAUGAUGAUGUAGAAUUAUGUCUGCUAAAUACAAGAAGUAAUGUUUAAUGGAGGACUAUGCUAUGUCAAAAGAGGGAUUUCAAUUAUACUGUUUUAAAAUUUCAGUUGUACAGAACUGGAUAAAGAUUUAUUUUGUGAACAAGUUUUACGUUUUGGAUGUUUUACCUUAAUAGCCAUAGCAACUCAUUCAUUCAUUCUUCCAUUCUUUGUUGUUUAAUUAAAAUGUGAUUUAAAAUGUGUUUAAUAUUUUGGGAUUUUUCUUUAGAUAAAAUCAAAUCACUGGCCAGACAGCAGUGGAGUCAUUUAUUCUUUGACACUUUUCCUGUUUUACCACUAGAUGGAGCUAAUGACUCUUUAAAAACAUGUAGCACAAUCCUAAUUUCAAAUCCAUGGAACUUAAUAUGCAGAAAAAUAUGAACUACCACUGAAUGACGUUGAUCCAUUUUGCGACCUCAAGGGCACAAGACAUAAACCCAUUUCAUACACCGACAUCUGUCUGCUGGAUGAGUCAGCUCUUAUUCUCAUCUACCCUCUCAAAAUCCAAAAAUAUUUUUCCAUUCGUCUAGAUCAUGACCCAUUUAAACAUGGUCUGUUUUGGCCGAUGCUUUUUGUGCUAAAUCCAUGAAGUUUUGCACUCCGUUGUAUAAUGAAAUCGCCUUGAUAAUUAAAGGCAUAGUUCUCCCCAAAAUAAUAAUGUAAUAAUUC